AUAUGCGGCUUAAGAACGGGAACGCAUGUGCAACAGCUACCUGUCUACGAAGCACUAAGUCCGAAGAGAUAAAAACUUCGGAGCUACCGAGAAGUACCGAUGGAUCUUUUUCUGUGUUUAUACUUAUUACUUAUUUUUGUUUUCGCAUCCGUGUUGGCCUAAAUCUUUAGUCCAAAAAUUAACUUUAUCCUAUUCUAACCUAACAAAAUACCGACAUACGAAAAAUGCGUACUGCGACCAUAUGAUAGAAACAGUAAUCGAAACUAAGAAACUUGGAUCAUCGUCAUAUAGUAGUUUUACAAUAAGGAAGCUACCGAAGAAAAACAUUUGAUCUAAGCUAUGUUCCGAAUCUAACUUGGUUUUAGGAUUCGUCUAAGGUAAUACUAUAUAUCAGACAUAAGCCAGUGAUGUCUGUCCCUUCUUCGUCGUCUAAUAAAAUAACUGAUAAUAAACCAGGUGGUACAAGUCCAAGUCCUAUAGAGGGCAUUGAAGGUAUUCCAGGACCUAGUUCUUUAGAACCUAUGCAUUCAUUGUUAGCACAAGAUGAAGAAUCAGAAGAUUAUGGAGAAGAUGGUGAAGAAGAAGAAGAAGAUGACAGUAGUGAAGAAGAAAGUGAAAUUAGUGAUACUGGAAUAUUUUGUGAUGCAGAAUGUGAACCUGACCUUGAAAGUAACAAUUGCUCACUUUCAUCAUCACAACCACAAUCACUCACACAACGAGUACAUAGUCCCAUCUUACAUACUUGUGUACCUUUGGAUGUUGUUCAACCACAAAGAAAACGUAAAAGUGAAACUGAAUCAAGUUUACCUUGUAAAAAACUUAACCCAGAAGAUAAAUCUCAUUCAAUGAUUAUUAAAAAAUUGGAUGAUAAAAGUAAGCAUAUAAGAUGUGUUAUUCCAACAAAAGAUAACCCUCCACCAGAAAUGAGUAAUUGGCUUCUUCAAUUUCAGAGAUGGUCAAAUGCAGAAAGAAUGUUAGCUAUAGAUGAAUUAAUUGAACGAUGUGAACCAACACAAGUAAGACAUAUGAUGCAAGUAAUUGAACCUCAAUUUCAGAGGGAUUUCAUAUCUUUGUUGCCAAAAGAAUUGGCUUUAUCAGUGUUAGCUUUCUUAGAACCCAGAGAUCUUUUACGCGCUGCUCAAACGUGUCGUAAUUGGCGGUUUCUCGCUGAUGAUAAUUUAUUAUGGAAAGAGAAAUGCAGAGCAGCUGGUAUAGAAGAUUUAAAAGAUCUGCCUCCAAUAAAACGUAAAAAUGGUAGAAAUUCAGGUAAUUGUUCAUCUCCAUGGAAACAAGCAUAUAUGAGACAACAUAAUAUAAAGAUGAAUUGGAGGACAAAACCUAUUCGUACACCAAAAGUUUUAAAAGGACAUGAUGAUCAUGUUAUUACAUGCCUUCAAUUUUCUGGUAAUCGAAUAGUAAGUGGCUCCGAUGAUAAUACUCUUAAAGUAUGGUCUGCAGUUACAGGCAAGUGUUUAAGAACAUUAGUUGGACAUACAGGUGGUGUAUGGUCUUCACAAAUGUCUGGUACUACAGUAAUCAGUGGUAGUACAGAUCGUACCUUGAAAGUAUGGAAUGCCGAAACUGGUCAAUGUAUUCAUACUUUAUAUGGACAUACAUCAACUGUAAGGUGUAUGCAUCUACAUGGUAAUAAAGUAGUCAGUGGUAGUAGAGAUGCAACUUUAAGGGUGUGGCAAGUAGAUACUGGCGAAUGUUUACAUGUACUUGUGGGCCAUUUGGCAGCUGUUAGAUGUGUGCAAUAUGAUGGAAAAUUAGUGGUUAGUGGCGCUUAUGACUAUAUGGUUAAAGUUUGGAAUCCGGAACGCGAGGAGUGCCUUCAUACUUUACAAGGACAUACAAAUCGUGUUUAUUCUCUCCAAUUUGAUGGUGUACAUGUUGUUAGUGGUUCUUUGGAUACAAGCAUAAGAGUGUGGGAAGUUGAAACUGGUGCAUGUAGACAUACAUUAAUGGGACAUCAGUCGCUCACUUCGGGAAUGGAAUUACGUAAUAACAUUUUGGUAUCUGGAAAUGCUGAUUCAACUGUUAAAGUAUGGGAUAUUGUUAGUGGUCACUGCCUUCAAACUUUAUCUGGUCCAAAUAAACACCAGUCUGCUGUCACCUGCCUUCAAUUCAAUAGCCAUUUUGUAAUUACUUCAUCUGAUGAUGGUACAGUUAAACUAUGGGAUGUUAAAACUGGUGACUUUAUAAGAAACUUGGUUGCUCUUGAAAGCGGGGGAAGUGGUGGUGUUGUGUGGAGGAUACGUGCAAGUGAUACAAAAUUGGUGUGUGCGGUGGGUAGUCGUAACGGCACGGAGGAGACCAAACUUCUUGUUCUUGAUUUUGAUGUAGAGGUAAAAUAGUGUACUUUUUUACAGACAAAACUGCCCUCUUCUAUGACCUCUGUACAUAUUUUAAUUAGGUAGCAUAACCAAUCUAUUGUACAAUGAUUCAUGUAUUACAUGGUGUGAUUGUGAUAAGAAUGUAUGUCGAAAAUUUAAAAAAAAAAAGAUCGUAAAAAGGAAGACAGUGAAUCGGUAGUUAUUAUAAAUGAUCUCCGAAGUGGUAGAACAUUUAAACCGAAGGCAUUAAUUAUAUUAAUUAUGGAGUGUAUUAAUCGUGGUGUACAAAUAUGAGAUUUUAAAGACUCAACAAAUUACGAAGAACGAGGAGCUUAUAAGUGUAUUACUGUAUUAUUGCUGUUAUAAAAUUUAAGAGAAAUCGCUAAUAAUUUAAAUGAAAGAUAGCCCAUGAACAUUAUCUGCAUAUAACAAUUUGUAUGGGCGUUUAGGAAAGUAUUUUUAAAUUACAGAAAAGAAAGAUUUCGUACCAUAUUUGUCAAGCUUAUAGAUAAAAAUAUUGCUUAAAGAAUCUCACAUUUUGAAAAAGAAAUAAAUGAUAAUAAUAAUGAUAAUGAUAAAAAAUUCAAGGACAGAAGAGAGAAAAAAAAGAAAA